AUGAUUUUUUUUCUUGUAGUUGUUGUUUUCAUCCAGCCACUUUAUGCCAUAUGGGCCUGUUUCCGCUCCUGUCCAUCAAGCUGUGUUUGUACUCAGGAACGAAACUGCUCGGUGUUAUGUGAUCGAAUAGGACUCCUGGAGAUCCCUAAUGAAUUUCCAUGUGAAGCUUCCUUUAUUAACCUUGAUAAAAAUAAUAUCAAAUUUCUCUCCGAACGCGCUUUUGGGACUUUGCCUUCGUUAAAAUGUCUCUCACUGAGCCACAAUAACAUAUCUUUCAUUACUCCUGGGGCAUUCAAAGGUUUGCCCAAUCUGAUUGAGCUCAAAAUGGCCCAUAAUGAUUACAUUCGAUAUCUGCACACUCAAACCUUUUCAGCUUUGAAGAAACUAAUAAAAUUGGAUUUAGCGGAUUGCAAUUUGUUCAACAUCCCUGACAGGCUAUUUGUUGAUCUUCCAUUACUUCGUGAACUUAUAUUCUUUCAAAACAACUUUCGGAGGAUUCCAGGAGCUAUCCGAGGAAUGCAGAGCUUAACUCACGUCUAUCUGGAAAGCAACAGGAUUGAGGCUGUGGCUUAUAAUUCCCUACAAGAUAUACCAAAUCUAACCUAUCUGAACCUUCAAGACAAUAAAAUAAAUGUCAUCCAUGAUAAGUCUUUUCAAGACUGCCAGAAAAUGGAAUAUCUUUUUCUUAAUGACAACUUACUAAAUGAGCUACCAGAUAACUGCUUUAAAGGGCUAAAGAAACUAAAGAUGUUAAACUUGGGUGGGAACUAUAUACGAAAUGUCUCACGUGUUUGGUUUCAAGAUUUGAUUGAGCUAGAAGUCCUUUAUCUAGAACGCAAUAAGAUAGUCUACAUUGAAGAAGAAGCAUUUGAAAACCUCACCAGCUUAGUAUCUUUGCAUCUAAACAGCAACAACUUGACCACUUUACCAUUUGAGGUCUUUAGACCAGUGUAUUUUAUAGGACGGCUAUAUCUUUUUAAGAAUCCAUGGGAGUGUGAUUGUAGGAUUGAAUGGUUAAGAGAGUGGAUGGAGAAUUACAAGCUUGUUCGAGAUAUACUUUGUGCAUCACCUUCCUCAUUGGCAGGCAUUGACCUCAGCAGUAUUUUCUUUCAAAAGUCGCCUGAAGGAUUCUGCCUGGACCCAUCAGAACAAAAUUUUACUUACUAUAUUCCCCUACCUACAGAACGGCUCCAGUCUACCAUGGAAUCAAAACUAAGCAGCCUCAUCUCCAAACUACUUUUGCCUGGAAGUAGUCUUGAAGAUCUUGGAAAUGUGACAGAGAGUUUUGAUAACAGCACAUACAACACUGGCAAGGCCUUUACUGCUCCAUUAGCACAUAAUGUAGUUCCCAUGUUGUUUCUUGUCUCUUUGACAAUGAUUAUAUUUUAA